AUGAAAGAGGAGAUUGACUUAUGGAGACAACAGAUUGAUUACAUUCUAGUGAAAGCACAUUUUAGGAACCAGAUAAAAGAUUGCAGGAGCUAUCCAUCUGCAGACUUAUGCAGUGAUCAUAACCUGGUCCUGAUGAAAAGUUCACUGAGAUUCAAACGUGUGAAGAAGAAGCCAGUAAAACUUAAAUGGGAACUAGAAAAAUUGAAAACUGAGGUACUGGCAAAGCGCUAUGCUCAUGAAACAGAUAACAUAGCCACGAUUUUUCAACGUGGUGGAGUAAAUGAAGACUGGGAUCAAAUUAAAUCUGGUAUAUACAAAGUAGCACAAAAGAUAGUUGGAAGAACUGAACCCAAAAACAAGAGGAAAUGGAUUACAGCAGAUAUUAUUGAGUGUAUAGAAAACAGGAGAUUAUACAAAAAUUCAACUGAUGAACAAGGAAAAGCUGAAUGCAGAAGACUAAGGAAUUUAUUUAACAGAGAAGCUAGGAAAGCAAAAGAAAAUUUUCUUGAAGAAAUGUGUAGAGAAGUGGAAGAAAAUAUUCAAAAUGGAAGAACCGAUUUAGUCUACAGAACAGCAAAUCAAAUUUUUUAA